AUGAGAGCAACAGAAAAAAAACAGAUUUUGCUCCGCUUCCCCAAGAAUGCCCACUCUGUGCCUCCAGCUCGGCCGAUUCAGCCCCUUGAACAACGCGAAACAUUCAACGUGUUGUUUUGCGAUAGCCCGAGCCGCAAGGCCGAGAAACAGAGAGGUAUCCACUAUUCCGUGUCAAUCAGAAUCGGCCAAGAAGAGGAGUCUGGUUAA